AUGCGCACCUUCAACCUCGCCCCGGCGGCUGCCACCGCCCUCACGCUCCUCUUCCAAGGCGUCGCCGCCGUCCCCGCACCCACGCCCACCCUCGUCGCCCGCGCCGAUGUCAUCGCUCCCACCGCCGCGUGGAUCAGCGUCAACAACAAGGGCGUCCCCACGACCGUCACCCCCAUCUCGACGACAAUCUCCGGCACUGCGACCUACGUCUCCGCUGCUCCCAAUGCCUUGACGGGUAGCGUGUUUACUCUGACCGACUGGCGCCUCGUCAAGGUCACGACCAGCACAGGGACCCCGCCAGUGGCCACCGCCGACAGCAAGAGCGGCGCGGGAGCUUUCGCCCCCUGCAGCAACACCAAGGGGGACUUUUCGCCCUUUUGCGAUCCUAAUAAGGGUAGCACGCUCUUCACUGACGGGACCUACUAUGUCACCUGGGAUCCCACCGUCCUCAUCAAGGGCAACAAGACCAACGUCAACGUCAAGAUCCAGGGCAAAUCCGUCAACGGCACCAAAGUAGGCGACGUCGUCUUCAAUGCCGACACCGACACAACGAACCCAGCCUCGUACGGCUACUACGCCUGGACAGUCAGCUCCAGCCUCAUCCCCAGCGGCCAGGACAACGCCACAAUCGAGCUCCUCAUGUCCUACACCAUUGACGGCGCCGCGCAAACCGAUAUCAAGGGCCCCCAAGUCCUCAUCGCCAAGCGCCCGACCUGGCAUCCGGAAGGCGCGAAAAUGCCAAAGGGCGCCGAGCUGUACAUUGUGCUCCCCACCGUCUUUGGCUUCAUCAUCAUUUGUGUCAUUGGCGGGUGUCUCUGGAACCGCAGGACGCGCAAGAUUGGACUGGGCAACAUCAUGAGCCGGUCGCGUCACGGGUACGGCGUCGGCAAGUCGCGUGCGCAGCGGCUGGGUGCCAAGGUCCGGCAGAGCGUGUUCCACGGCGGACGCAAGGAUCGUGGGAUUCAGCUGAGGCAGCGCGAGAUUAGUCCCGACGGGUACGUGUACCGCGACGAGCCGCUGCCGAACCAGCAUACCGGCGGCGGUAUCAGCACCGGCGGGGGCGGCCUCGGCCUCGGCCAUGCUAGGAGGGACAGCGAGGCGCUUGGUAGCUUGGCGGGUAGCCCUGUCUCGGCUGCGUUCCCGGACCACGGAACCCAAGGUGGGAAUGCUUUCCGUGAGGAGAUGAGGAGACAGGAGAGGGAGAGGUAUUGA